AUUCAGACAAUUCUUUCGGUUUUUUGGGAAGCAGUUUCCAAAAAAUGUUUAUUAGCAUCAUUUGCUUUUCACAUUACCUAGUUAAAACAAAUAGUUUUCUUUGUGUUUAUGUGUGUAAAACCCCAUAAUGUUUCAUUUUAGAGGAGAAUAUUAUAAAAUUCUAAAAAUUAGUUUUCUUAGAAGUCACAGAAGUUUUGGCAUAGAAAUGCUUAAGUUGCCCAAGAGUAGUAGGUUCUUUUAAAUAUAAUUUUCUUUAACACCUAUUGCACUUUUUUUGAAUUUAGGCAAUUCAAUUUUUAUUGCCAAUCUCAACUUCUUUUGACUCUACAAAAGAAAUUGUAUCUAUAGCAGCCCCUAAAGCCAAGGAGUCCAGCAAAUCAUUAGAAAAGACUCAUCACUGAAAAACAGCGGAAAGAAGCAGAAUGGGAAAACAUAAAUGUGCUGUUGAUGAUGCAUGGCUUAAAGCCUUUGUCUUUAGUCAAAAGAACAGAUAUGAAAGAAAAUAUAGAUCUCAUCAUUUUUGACAAACAGUUAUCACAAACAAUGAGGGAGAAUUUGAAAACAAUGAUGGAGGAAACAUCACGUCAACAGAACAUGAUCCAGGAGCUCAUAGAAACUAAUAAACAGCUUAAAAAUGAACUUCAGCAACAACAAAGCCGAGCUGCAGAUCAGGAACAACGAGCUAAUGACUUGGAACAAAUUAUGGAGAGUGUGAAGUCCAAAAUUGGUGAAAUGGAGGAUGAAUCUGUAAAUAGGGUUUGCCAGCAACAGAAUAAAAUAAAAGAACUUCAAAAGGAGCAUAAAGCUUUACAGGUACUGAGUUAAACAUUUUCUUACAUGAUAGUCUUAAAACACCUUGUCAGUGUUAAAGGUGACUUCCACGUUGCUUAGUUCAGUGAUCGUUAUCUUCCUUUACCUAUUAUUGUUAUUGACUUGAAAUUCUUUCUUUGUUAUUUCCAGAAUAUCUUCUCUUCUGGUUUUCCUCUAACCCCACUGGUUAUUUUUCGAUCCCGUUGCUGACUCUCCGAAUUUUCCUCAGACUCAUCCCUUAGACUUUUUUUUCCCUAUAAAUUCUAACUUCCUUGGUGAUGCUCAGUCUAAUUCAUAGUACUUUUAAAUCUGUGGCACAGGCUUCUUCCCUUAAUUCCAGACUCACAUCCUGCAUCCUACUUGAUAGCUCUAUUGGAUGUCUAAUCAGGCACCUAGAACUUUUUAACAUGUCUAAAACUGUACCUGGAUUUCCUCCCCAAACUUUCGUCUUUUAAUAUCCGCUCUGGUCCAAGUCACUUUCAUUUCUUUCCUGUUUCUUUCUUGGUUUCCCUACUCCAGGCCUUGCCUUUUUCAGUGUGCUCUCAACACUGUAGCACAGAACACUCUGACUUUGCUUUUUCUUUUUCUUAAAGGGAAAAAUCCAAAACUCUUAACCAUGAUCUUACAUGGUUGUCCCUGUGUUACCUUCUGACUUCACCUACUGUACCCUCUUGCAUAUUCUAUUCCAGUCACACUGACAUUCUUGAUUUUCUUUGAACAUUUUCCUUGAACAUUCUCACCUCAGGGGCUUUGUAUAUUUUCUUCUUCCUUGUUCCCUCUACCAUUCGUGCUUUUUUUAGCUGCAUGGUUUGUUUUCUGUCUGCUUACUCAAGUGUCACAUCACUAUCUCUCCGGGAUUCCUUUUUUGACAACUUCACUUACAGUUGGCAGUCCUGUCCCCCAGAUAUCCUCUUGCCUUCCCUGCUUUGUUUUAUCCAUAACUCUUAGCACCAUCUAACAUGCUGAUAAACUAUACACUUUGUCUUGUUUGCAUAUCUCUGUGUUAGAAUGCAAGCUCCAUGAGGGCUGAUAUUUUUGUCUGUUUUGUCUAGGGCUGAGAAAAUGUCUGCUUUAUUAUUAGUUGUAGAUGCUCAAUAGAUAUUUGAAUUAUUGAUUAUAAUUUUUUAACUUUUAUUUUUCUUGAAAUAUCAAUGUUAUAACAUUGAAUAUCUAAUAUUAAUUUCCUAAUUUAAAAAACCCUCUUUUUAAACUUGGGUGUUUAUUGUAAUUGAAAGAAAGAAAUCUUUUGUAGGGAAAAUCAGUAUUUAGUUGUAUAAGACAUUACAGAUACUUAGAAACAGUAUAUCAUUACAAAUGUUUUUUGUUGACACAGCAUUAUAUGUACCUGUUGCAUACAAGGUGUUUAGGCUGCCUAAAAGGACAGUACUCCUUAGGCAGGGUCUAGAUGUCCCCUCAGUUUAUGCUAGCAGCAUUGGAAGGAUGUGAUAAGUUAAAUUUCAGGGCUCAGAGAGAAUCAGGGGUAGAUACUAAGAAUUUCUGGUAUGAAGCUGCAGGCAGUUGGUGUUCUGCCCUCAUUUAGGCUGCCAGUUUGGGGCCAGCAGUGCUGGACCUGUUGGUGUUCAUAGCUCCAGAGAAGACACUAUCAUUCUUUGGCCAAGUCUGUUUCUGUUAUUCAUCAGUCAAUAAGAUCUAGCAUUUACAUUUUUAGGUUUGCUUUGUUAGGUAGCGUUCCUCAUCAAUAGUAUAUUGUAAAGUCUCUGUGGGGAGGGGGAUUUUGGACAUACUGCUAUAUGCAUUUGAUUUUGACCUUCAUCUCAGAUAUAGGAUAUGUAGAAAUAUGAAGUUCUUUAGCUCAGGGGUCCCCAGACUCUUGGAUCCAAUACCUGGUAAGAAGUGGAGCUGACAUAAUAAUCAUAAAGUGCACAGUAAAUAUAUACACUUGCAUCAUCCCAACCCCCCCUUCCCCAUCCGUAGAAAGAUAGUCUUCCACAGAAUCAGUCGCUAGUGCCAAAAAAGCUGGGGACCGUUGCUUUAACCCAUCAACUUACUGAUGUGAGAAGCAGCCAUCAGGUGGUACUGAUAGAGGGAGUUGAAGGCAGAGAGAUCUGUGUGGGUUUUGUUUUUUUUUAAGGAAGAUACCUAUUUUUUUCCUUAAAGAGGUUGAUCUAUAAAUAAUCACAAGCCAAAUUAUUAAAAUGUAAGGCUUAUGAAUUUACCAGGGUUUUAGGCAAUUCAAAGAAAAAUGCUUGAGUAUUCAUUGGUAAGGGGUGAUUUGAAUGGAGUGUCACGUAUUAUCUGUCAAGAAUUUCAUCUGUCCUAAAUGAAUUAUAGGCCAUGUAACUUUUCACUUCAGGUUUCAGAGUUUUAUUAUAUAGCUUUUAAAUGUGUACAGAGGAAGUCUCAUGUUCCAGUCGGCCAUGGGAAACAGAAUUAGGGUGGGGGUGUGAAAACUUGGUUUUGUGGAAGUGUGUGUGUGUGUUCAGUAGUGUCUGACUCUUUGCCACCCCAUGGACUGUAGC